AUGUCGGCCUACGCUCUUCUCCUGCUCGAAAACACAUAUCUCCCAGGAGUCCUUGCUGUCCGCAAGGCCCUCUCCGACACAAAGGCCCAAUUCCCGGUGAUUCUCCUUUACUCGGCCGAAAACGUCAACAAAGACACAAUUGCCUUGUUGACCGCCUCCAAGCUGUUUUCGGACCUCAUCAACAUUGACGACAAUAUCCUCGUGUCCAACUCCCCCCACACACUAGAAUCUGUCCUUAACCGGCCGGACCUGGCAUACACCCUUUCCAAAAUUAACCUAUGGCGACUGGUAGAGUACUCGAAACUCGUUUAUCUCGACGCAGACACUUUGCCCUUGCAAAACCUAGACCAUUUGUUUGCGCGCAAUUUUGACGCUUCGCAGGUUAUGGCGGCGCCCGACUGCGGCUGGCCCGACCUGUUCAAUUCCGGAUUUAUGGUGCUGCAACCGAACAUGACUGUAUUCCAGGAAUUGAUGGACCUGUAUGAGUCUACAGAGUCGUUUGACGGUGCCGAUCAGGGCCUGCUGAACCACUACUUCAACCCAGACCUGUACCACGGUGGCAUCUCGCGCUGGCUGCGGCUGCCGUUCAUUUACAACUGCACGCUGAACUCGCACUACGAGUACUUCCCGGCUCUGCAGCGCUACUUCCAGGACAUCAAGCUUUUUCAUUUCAUUGGCGCCAAGAAGCCGUGGGAUCCGACCUUUGCCAGCCAGUUGCGCAAGGACCCUUCACUGUUCAAGGUCGCAGACAACAAGAACGUUUACCAAAUUUGGCAUGAGGUCUAUGAAUCGAUCGAGGUAGACGGAAGUUCUCAGACUGAGGCUCUGAAAAUCACCGAAAAGUCAGAGCCAGACCGUGUUGAGGCUGUUGAGGCUGUCGAGGCUGUUGAGACUGCGGUGGAACCCCAGCCACAGCCACCUAUUGUUCACCACCAAUACUACUACAAGGAGCCAGAAUCGGAGCCAGAAAAGUACGAGGAGAACCGCGGUGAGGCCUGGAAGCUGAACGAGUCGCGGGGCCCAAACAAAUGGGAGGAUGCUAGCGAGUCCGAGGAGGAGGAUGACACUAGAGAGCUGGACACCAGAGAGCUGGUCCACUCGCUGUCGCAAUUGGACGUUGAAAGCCCGCAGGACGACUACGCAAGUACACACCCGAUCUUCCCGUGGGAGAAAUCUGCCGCCAGACAGAAGCCUACACGCUCGUUCAGUGCAAGAACGUCGCUGCCCUCGUCGCUGACAAAAAUCCCGUUCACUGCUGCCUUUGACGACGGCUCGGAGCUCGAAAACUACAUUGCCAGCAGAGACCAGGCCGACCGGCCGGAGACGUUGCAGGAGAUCAAACAGGACGAACAGCUGGACGAGCAGGAGUCUCAAGAGCUGGAAAAAUUAGCACCUUAA